UGUACAAAUGCAGGCGAAUUAGCUGUCAGAACAGAAAACAAGACAGGAGUAAAACGUCUCCCGCACUUACCCACCAACACACAAAAGUUGAAUGGGGAUGUGUAAAAAUAUAAAAAGAAGCCAAUUUUGAGUGGUGGAAAUAAGAUGCCUCCCAUAUAACAACUAAAAUCAACACGCGCACACUCGAGACGCGUUCCUUUGUCAUUUUAAAGACAAAAAGUUAUAAAUACUUCAACGCUUUUUACGGGGGAGAGGCUGUGGAGAGAAUCAUACAUCGGUACAAGCACAAGCCAUUCACAACAGCACAAAAACCAUUCCGAUAACAAAAACAUCCGAUCUCCCUCCUUGACCCAAAUGUCAGACGAUGAAGAAACAUAUGCCGCCGCUGGUAGUGCAACGCCAGGCGAUGAUGAACUUUCAUUACCACGUGCAACCGUUCAAAAGUUAAUGACGGAAAUCCUACCGAAAGAUAUCACUUCUACAAAAGAGAUGAGGGAUAUACUGAUAGAUUGUUGUGUUGAAUUCAUUCGACUCGUCUCUUCAGAAGCCAAUGAGAUCUGUGAAAAUUCACAAAAGAAAACAAUCGCACCCGAACAUGUGGUUUCAGCUUUGAAAGAAUUAGGAUUCGAAUCAUUCAUUGGGGAUAUCGAAGAAGUACUCAAAGAACAUAAAACACAACAAAAAGAUCGAGAAAGAAAGAUGACCAGGAUGGAAGAUAGCGGAUUGAGUGCGGAAGAAUUACAGAGACAGCAAGAACUCUUGUUUGCUGCAAGUAGGGCACGUUAUGAGGCAGGUCAAUAG